UUUCACAUCACGGAUAGUGAGCACUGUGGCAAACAAUUAUGAUGGCCUCCUGCAGACAUUUGAGAACAUCAUUGCAGAUACAACAAUGGAUGAUGAUACACUGGAUUGUGCCAAAGGCUUUGUGAGGAAACUGGAGGAUUUUGAGUUUGUGUUCAUGUUGUACACAUAUGAACAAAUCUGCUCUGAGACUAAUGUGGUCUUUGAUAUUGUCCAGCAGAGGGCGAUGGAUGUUCUUUACUGCAAGAACAGAAUUGAAUCUCUUCUUGCAUUUGUCAAAGAGAAGAGGUCAGAGGGGGCUUUCCAAGCCAUUUAUGCCAAAACAGCAGAUCUCACAUCAGACCCACGAGAUGAGCCCAUGAGAAAGCGCCGUCUGACCCAAUUGCAGGAUCCCCAAGUGCGAUACAGAAAGCUGUGUGAUUACUUGGUGUUCCUUAAAGACAUGGAGUUGGACAGUGCAAUGCCUCAGCUUUACAAACUGUUCUCAUUAGUGGCAACAAUUGGAGCUACAUCUGCAGGUGUAGAAAGGAGCUUCUCCUGUUUAAAGCGACUCAAGUCCUACACCCGAAACACAAUGGGUCAAGGCCGUUUAAGCAGCCUAGCUCUGCUGGCCAUUGAGAGGACACUGGUCAAGUCACUUGAAAAGACUCCUAGUUGGUACGACAGUAAGGACUCCAUCAUGCUCAGAUCCAGCGGUGUGGGACUUCGUGUCCGUUCCCCAGCGAGUGUGGAGGAGCGGAGGGCGAGGUUCCAAAACCUAGCCACCCUCCGUCAAAAAGAAAGUGAGGUGGGUGGCUUGGCGCAAAUGUUCUGGACCAUGGCGGUAGGAAUGGGGUAUAAUGAUUUGGCCCUGAAAGACUUAUUCAUCGCCUGUCUGGAUAACCCUGUGCCGGAAUGGGAAAUGAAUGAGCUGGAGAUCUUGGCUUUUUGGGGGUUCAUCGGUCUCAAUGGGAUACCCCAGCCACACCUGUCUCUCCCAGUGUGA